AUGCCACGGUGUGGCUGUGGCCACUACAUGUCGUCUGCCGAUUCAGACACAGAAGAAGCGGAAGAUAGAUCGGAGUCCCGGUGGCUGAAUCAUUGGGCGGAGGAGGACCAAAAGUUUGUACCAACCAGAGCCUCUAGACUGGUAGAAUCUAAAUUAUAUCUUAAUAAAAUUGUCUUACUUGGAGGAGCAGGGUGUGGCAAAUCAGCUAUUGCCAAACACAUCGCUCUGAAAUUUUGGAGAAAGGAUUGGCAAAUUGUAGAAGCAAGGAAUCUAAACGAUAUCAAGAAGGCAGAGGUAAAAACAGAGUCUGUUCUGUUCGUUAUCAAUGAUCCUAUUGGAAAAAGUGAUUUAGAUGAAAAAUCCUGCAGAAUGUGGCAUUUACAGAAGCACAUAUUGGAUGAGUAUUUUUCGAUAAAUAAAGAAGAAAAGUCGAAAGUAAAACUUCCAAAAAUAAUUGUGACUUGCAGAUCAAAUCUUCUCCAAAAAGAAAUGGAAUUCCUCAUGAAUGGGUUUACUAUUAUCAAUCUGGACGGAGAUGAUGCAAGAUUAACAGAAAAAGAAAAAGAAGACAUUCUUAAGAAGCAUAUAGAUUGUUUAAAACUUAAAGGUAGUGAAAUCAACCAGCUUAUUAAAACGGAAAAUUCAAUUCCUCUGAUUUCCAGUACAGUUUCUAACAACAAAAAAUUUCAGGAAGAUGUACUUAAUUUUUUUAGAGAACCCUUUGAGCAACUGAAAAGAGAGAUUCUAUUGUUGAAAGAAAAUUCCAAAGAAAAAUAUCUGUGUCUCCUCUUGUUGAUUUUGCAUGGAAAUAAAUUAUCUAAGCACAGUUUUGAUGAUGAAGAACAAGAAAGUGAAAGUCUGGAAAAUCAAAAUGACGAAGAUUCUGAUAUUGAAAAAAUAGACAACGAAAACGAAAACAUAUGUCAAGAGGAGGAAGACGAUGAUGAUAGCAAAAAUAAAGAAUGCAAAGAAGACAAAGAAUGUAGCGAUGAUGAUGAUGACGAUAGUGAUGAUGAAGGUGACGAUGAUGAUGAAGACGACGAUGAUGACGACAAUUUUGAUGAUUAUGAAAACUCUCAUUUCGAUGAGGACAUAGAUGAUAUCGACGACAGAAUUCUUAAUGAUCUAUUGACAACAUUUAAUCUUCCUCAGAACACCUCAAAGAUUGCACUCUAUCAAUAUUUAAAAUCUCUCCGGGGUCAUUAUUUUGUACGAAGAGUCAACAAAACUUUCAAAAUAACAGAUGACUCUUUUCUGCUUGCCUUGACUAGUAUAUUUUGUACUGAUGUUCCCGACCAGUUUCUUAAAUAUUGCAAAAGCAGUUUCUAUCGCACGUUGACCACUUCUUCAAUCAAACAAAACGAAGUCUUCCCAAGAAUUCAACUGAAAGACCGUUUUAUUGAUCCUUUUGUUGAAAGAAUUGAGGAAGAUAUUAAAAAUGGCACAUAUUUAGAUAUAUUUCUUAGCCCUUGGAUACAGGAUGAAAGAGUCUUGACAAAGCUACAAAUACGCUUAAAGACUAAAUCUAAAGAUGAAAUAGAAAAAGUCCUUUUAUGCUCCAAACUGAAUCAAUAUGAUUGUUUACCGGUUCUGGGACCAGUUUUGCAGAGGAAAUUACGAGGAUUUUCUAGAUUUGACUUGAUUCCACUGUGCCAUGAGAUAUCACCAAUUAUCCUUGCACUUGUCUUAAAUAUAGAGAAUUUAUUUUUAGCAAUAUUCGCUCUGGUGAGGGAGAAAAGGACUUUUUCUGAAUAUCUUAAGAAUUCCCCAAUGAUAAGCGCAAUUUGUGUCAAUGGGAGAACAGAUUUCGUCGCACAAAUUAUGGAAAUGACAGACUUCAGAAAUGCAUGCUGGAGUAAACAGGAGAAUAUAUACGCGGUUCACAUUGCUGCAAACUUCCUUCACACUGACAUUUUAUCGCUCAUUCUAAAUGGUGAAUGUGAUGUUAACAUAGUUACGAAAAACUAUGAAUCGCCUUUAUUCUUGGCAGCUGCAGCCGACAGAUACACUCUCCAGAAUAUCCCCUGGACAUGGAACAAGGAAUGCAGUAAAUUUGAUGAAAAUGUUGACGAAAUGCUGGAGGAAAAACGUAUGCGAAUAUUGACACUACUUGUUCAGAAAGGUGCAGAUGUAAAUAUCCAUCCUGUUAAAUUUCCCUCAGCUCUUGCAUAUAGCUGUCAGAGAAAAAACAAAGAGAUUGUUGAAAUUUUGCUCGAGAGUGGUGCAAAUGUCAAUGACACUGGCGAGGAACAAAUGUCUGCUUUACAUUUUGCUUCCAAAGUCGGCAGCCUAGACAUAGUCAAGUUGCUUUUGGACAAAGGUGCAGAUGUACAUAUGAAGACCACAAGAAGACUUUCGCCGUUAUAUUUUGCAUCAUUAAAAGGAUAUGAGACUGUUGUCGAGCUUUUACUCUCCAAAGGAACAGGUGAUGAACUCAAAGAAAAGACAGGAUACUCUCCCUUCUUCACAGCAUGUAAGAAUGGCCAUACAAACAUUGUCAAAAUGUUUCUUCAGCACAAUCCUUGCAUAAAUUGUACAUUAAUAAGUGGUACAACGGCAUUUUUCGCGGCUGUUGAUAAUGGCCAUGAAAAAAUUGUCGAGAUGCUUAUAAAAAAUGGAGCUGACGUGAAUGUCGUUCGGAAAAAUAAUAUUAUAAGUCCUUUGUAUUCAGCAGCCGCUCGUGGAUACGUCUCAAUAUUAGAAGCAUUAUUAAACUGUGGCUUGGAUAUAAAUCUGAAAACAAAACAAGGAGACACUCCCUUAAUUGUUGCAUCGCAAAAUGGCCACUAUUCAACCGUUCAGCUUCUACUGAAAAAUAAAGCAAAUGUCAAUCAAGCCAACGAUUUUUUGAAAGCUCCACUGCACUUUGCAGCGGAGAAAGGUCAUAAAAAUGUUGUUCAGGAACUUGUGAACCAUGGGGCUGAGAUAAAUAUGUCUAACAAGCAGGGAGCCACUGCUCUUUUUCUUGCUUCAGAGCAUGGACAUGUCGAAGUUGUAAAAAUCCUUUUAGUAAACAAAGCUGACGUAAACUCAUGUACAAAGUAUGGAAAGAGCCCACUCUUUAUUGCAUCAGAAUUUGGUCAUCAUGAAAUUGUUCAAGAACUAUUGAGUCAAGGUGCAAAAGAUAAGGAAGACAGCUCACGAAAUCCCCUAUUAGCCCCUUUAUAUUCUGGAUACGAUAAAACUGUUGCAUUGCUUGCAGAAAACGGGGCAAACAUCAACGAAAAAAACGACGAAGGACGCUCUCCCUUAAUGAAUGCAUCAAGGAGAGGGUGGACAGACGUUGUUAAAAUUUUGCUGAAAAAUGGGGCUGACACCAGCUGCAAAGAUGAGGAAGAUGAAAAUGCAUUAGACAUGGCAAGUUUCAGAGGUCAUUCAGACAUUGUGAAACUUUUACUCGAUCAUGGUAUGGACAUAAAUAACAAUGGUUAUGAUGAGAGUUAUACGCCUUUACAACAAGCUUUAAAGGGGAACCGUCUCUCAACGGCUUUGCUACUGUUGGAACGUGGCGCUGAUGUGCAUACUAUAGUUUAUGGUAUAACUGCUCUUUUUUUGGCAUGUUCUGCCGGAUUCAAGGAAGUCGUGGAUAUUCUUCUAGAGAGCAAAGCCGAAGUCAACCCGAAAGAUUCUGAUGGCCCUACUGCUGAAACACUAUUGAUGAAGGCCAUUGAAAAAAAUCAAGCGGGCAUAGUAAAGCUACUUAUAGAAUACGGAGCCAAUAUUAACUCAGAAGAUAAUGAUGGUAACACGGCUCUGCAUGCAAGUGCUUAUUAUAACUCCAAUGCUGAAUGCAUGUCUGUUUUACUUAAUAACAAAGCCGAUGUGAAUGUUUGCAAUCAGAAGGGAACUACACCUAUGAUGAUGGCCCUACAAAAACUUUUUAUAACGAAAGAGAUGAUACAGACACUGGUUGAUCACGGCGCAGACGUCAAUGCGCGUGAUAAUGAUGGAGAGCAUGUUCUACAUUAUGCUGCUAUGUACUCCGAGGGAUUUUUUGUAUUACCUCUCCUCCUAGAACAUGGUGCUGACGUCAAUAUACGCAACGAAUAUGGACGGACUGCUCUCCAUGAGUCAUGCUAUCAUGGUUGUUUAAAAGCUGUGAAGGUACUUCUUAAAUAUGGAGCAGACGUAUCUAUUCGCUCGGAAGAUGGCCUCACUGCACUGGAUAUUGCUAACAGAGGGGGGUAUAAGAAAGUCAUAAAAAUUCUUUCUGAGAAACUUAUCGAGAGUAGGGUGGAAAAAGAUGGGUCGAUUCCUUCUUCAUCGUUGAAGAGUUAUUCCCCGACUUUAAGCAAAGAUGUUGUUCUUGUUAGAAAAAAUUCACUAGGGCCUGCUCUACCAAGAAAACGUGCUUUUGUGAAAGUAAAGAAGACUUGGCGAUAA